AUGUUGCAGAAAGUUACAAUGGUGAUUAAGGUCGAUCUUAGCUGCAAGAAAUGCUGCAAGAAAAUCAAGAAAAUACUCUGUAAAAUUCCUCAAAUUCAAAAUCAGAUAUAUGAUGAGAAGGUUAACACAGUGAACAUCAUUGUGGUGAGCUGCAGUCCUGAAAAGAUCAAGAAAAUUAUCUACUGCAAAAGACACUGCCGCCAACGCCACCAACGUCACCGUCGUCAUCAUUGUCAUCAACGCCAUCAACGUCACCGUCGUGAUCAUCGUCGUCAACGUCAUCGCCAACGCUGCCACCAUGUUGUACGGAAUGUCAUAAAGGAUGUGGGGAAGGCCCAUGUUGCCACUGCUGUGGAAGGCCACCACCACCAUGUUAUAUGGAAUGUUAUAAAGGAAGUGGGGGAGGCCCAUGCUACCACUGCUAUGGAAGGUCACCGCCGCCGCCACCACCAUGUUGUAUGGAAUGUUAUAAAGGAUGUGGAGGAGGCUCAUGUUACCACUGCUGUGAAUUGCCACCGCCGCCACCAUGUUUUAUGGAAUGUUAUAAAGGAUGUUGGGGAGGCCCAUGUUACCACUGCGAGGGAAGAAUCAAGCUCAGAUCUCAGAGUAUUUUCCACCACAGCCAUGGCAGAGGAGAAAGUUACAAUGGUGAUUAAGGUCGAUCUUAGCUGCAAGAAAUGCUGCAAGAAAAUCAAGAAAAUACUCUGUGAAAUUCCUCAAAUUCGAAAUCAGAUAUAUGAUGAGAAGGCUAACACAGUGAACAUCACUGUGGUGUGCUGCAGUCCUGAAAAGAUCAAGAAAAUUAUCUACUGCAAAGGUGGUGAUUCCGUCCAGUGUAUUGACAUAAAGACACCGCCACCGCCGCCGCCACCGACGCCGACGAUGACGUCGACGCCUCCACCGCCGCCGACGUCGAUGCCUCCACCGCCGCCGACGUCGACGCCUCCGUUGCCGCCGCCGCCGACGCCAUCAUGUUGUACGGAAUGUCGUAAAGGAUGUGGGGGAGGCCCAUGUUGCUAUUGCUGUGGAAGGCCACCACCACCAUAUUGUAUGGAAUGCUAUAAAGGAAGUUGGGGAUGCCCAUGUUACCACUGCUAUGGAAGGUCACCGCCACAGCCACCAUGUUGUAUGGAAUGUUAUAAAGGAUGUAGAGGAGGACCAUGUUACCACUGCUGUGAACUGCCACCGCCACCACCAUGUUUUAUGGAAUGAUGUAAAGGAUGUGGGGGAGGCCCAUGUUACCACUGCGAGGGAAGGCCACCCCCAUACUAUAAGGGUUAUGAGAGGUCAACAUAAUGAUAGUUGUGGUGGUGGCUUCGACUUCAGCAGUUACCAAAGAGGGUGCCAUGUGUAUGUGGGGAGAUGUGGUUGUCAAAUUAAAUAAAUUCUGUCGGUAUGUCGUGUCAUGUAACUGGUUAAUUUACAAUAGUGGUGUUAUCAUCAAUGACAUGUAUGACAUAAAUAUCAAACGACCUUGAAAUCA